CUGAUAAAAUUUUGGAUACAUUGCUCUUUCUCUGCGCGCUCUCUCUCUCUCUCUCUUCUGUAAAAUCCGUCAUUGUUGACAAAAUCCACAAUCCAUUUUCUCCUUAUCCUUCUCAACCUCACACACCACCGCUGCUUCCCCAUGGCUGAACCAACCACCAUAUCCAACCCAAUUCCAAACCUCUCUCUCCCACUCCAAGAUCGCGUCGCCGUCGUCACCGGCGGCUCUCGAGGGAUCGGCCGAGCCAUUGCCAUCCACCUCGCCUCCCUCGGCGCAAAUCUCGUCAUCAACUACACCUCCAACUCCGCCCAAGCAGACCUCGUGGCCACACAAAUCAACGACACCUCUUCCACCACCCCACGAGCCGUCACCGUCCAAGCAGAUAUCUCUGACCCAACCCAAGUCAAGUCGCUAUUCGACGCUGCCGAGUCCGCUUUCCACUCGCCACUCCACAUUUUAGUCAAUUCCGCCGGAGUACUUGACCCCAAAUACCCAUCCAUACUCAAUACAACAAUCGAGGACUUCGACAAGACUUUCACCGUCAAUACCAGAGGAGCGUUCUUGUGCUGUAAAGAGGCGGCGAAUAGGCUGAAGCGCGGCGGAGGUGGGAGGAUAAUCUGUUUAACGUCGUCGACGGUGGCGUCGUUGAGGCUUGGGUUUGGGGCCUACGUGGCGUCGAAGGCGGCAGUGGAGGCGAUGGUGAAGAUACUGGCGAAGGAGUUGAAAGGGACUGGGAUUACGGCGAACUGUGUAGCGCCGGGGCCGAUUGCGACGGAGAUGUUCUUCGCCGGAAAGACGGAGGAGAUGGUGAAGAUGGUGGUGGAGGAGUGUCCGCUUAGUAGGCUGGGACAGACGGAGGAUGUGGCUCCGGUGGUUGGGUUCUUGGCCAGUGACGCCGGUGAAUGGGUUAAUGGUCAGAUCGUUCGUGUCAAUGGUGGCUAUGUCUAAAUGUGUGUGUGUGUGUGAAACAAAUAAUGGGAAAUCUCAUAAAUGCCCCUGAACUAUGGCCUUUAUUUUAAAUUAUCCCCUGAAUUUUCGAUUAUCUUAGUUUCCACUCUAAACUAUGUAAUUUUUUUUAAAACAGAUGUCGUUAACCGAGAAUUUAUCGGUUAAUUUUAGUGGAAGGG